UUUUCCCAAAGCGCACAGAGAGCUCGCAGUAGAGCGCGAGACUGUACUGCCCCGCACUGCGCGCGCUGUCCGUUCUGCCCUCCGUAAGCUAUGCGCGUGAGCAGUCGCGCGCCUGUGCUGAGGCUCGUGAGCAGGCUGCGUCUGAACCGAACCGAGCGCGCGAGCAGGCAGCACUGAGCCGCUUCCGGGUCCGGACAUGGCCAACGGAAACCUGUACGAUAACCGGCGCAUCGUGGAGAAGUACCUGAACCACAAACUGUCGAAGAACGGCCACGCGUGGGAGUUCCACCGGUGUCGCGCGAGCAGCCUGGACGGCGAGAAGGAGAGCGCGCGCCGCGCCACGCUGCACAGGGCUCUGCGCGAGGCCGGGGACGAGCUGGAAAGCGUGUACCGACCGGACCUGGCGGAGAUGACCAAGCGCCUGCGCGCGACCCCGCUGGGCACCGAGCAGCGGCGCUUCACCGCCGUGGCGGACGAGCUGUUCAGCGACGGAGUCAACUGGGGGCGCGUGCUCGCCUUCCUCGAGUUCGGCGCGAUGGUGUGCGUGCAGUGCGCGCCGGACGCCGACAGGAGCGCGUGCGCCGAGAACGUCGCGCGCUGGAUGGCCGAGUACCUGAACGGCCCGCUGAACGGCUGGAUCCAGGAGAACGGAGGAUGGGAUGCCUUUGUGGAGCUGUACACGAGGAAAAAGGACUCGAUGUUCAGCAGCUCAUGGCCGUCCUUAACGACUUCCGUCUUCAGUUUGGCGGCACUGGGGGCAGUUGGCCUCACCCUUGGGGCUUAUCUCACUCAGAAAUGAAGAAAUCGCACCACCUCCUCCUCCGUCGUUCCCUCAGCACCUUGGAGAUACUCGCAUCCCAGACAGUUAUUCAAAGCCUCUCAUAUUCCUGUCAUAUUCCCACAUCCUUCUUCAUUCGCCCCGAGGAAUACUGGCCAGGUCAAGCACGGAAGCGAAAUUUCUUUAGAAGUCUUCAGCCUGGAUUUAAAACAUAUAUCCCCAUUAAUAAUGAUGAACAACUUCUGUAUUUUCCAGACAAUACGAUUGUUUUUGUUUGACACCUUGUAAUUCAUUUUAUAAGCAGCUUUUUGUCUGCUCGAUCGCUGCUGCUCUUCCGAUCAUGCUUGUUGAGAUCACGUUAGCGCCAAGCUAACAGUUAAGAACCGUAACCUUCUUGUUAUUGCUGGAGUUAAAAACACUAACAAAUACGCAAUGUGAAAAGAAGACUGUUGCUCGGCAACCUGGGAUAUCCAGCCACCAAAGUCUCCUCUCUCUCUCGUUUUACUGUAAAUAAGGAUGAAAUUAGCUAGCUAGCCAUCAUGUAAAGGCACAGCAACAGAGGAAAUGGUGUAGAAGUAUCCGGAACGUCGACAUUUCUCUCAGGUGUGCAGGCGAAAUCGGGAAGAAAAGACUCUGUAUGGCUAAAAUGACUGUAAUGCUAAUAACUCUUUAGCAUUUAGGAUUCUUCGGUGGAUUCGGCCACGUUGACAAACGACAGGGCUGCAUCAAGACUCGCAGACGCUGAUCACCAUUUGUCGUGGUGAUCAAUGCAUGAGCGUCUCGGAAGAGUCCGGAAAAUAUGGUACUCCUGUGAGAAAAUCAAGAAAGUCCAAGGCAAAGCAGGAGCUCGACAGUGAGCGUUUGAGCACUACAAGGACAACCCAGGAGAUGGAUUUAAACCACGGUGAAGAAAAUUAAUGUCACUGGGACAUCACAUCAUUAUGAUGGGCUUUUUUCGAACUACCUACCAAAAUUAAAAAGAAACAAAAGAAUAUUUUAAGUACGACUUAAAAACGUGAUUUUAAAAAGACGUCCCAGAGAUUUUUUUUUUUUUUUUUUUAAGUCCUGAUGCUCACCUCUUUGUCCUCGUCAAACCUGGGACCCAUCCUGCUUUCACUCGCUUCUGGAAAAACCGAUGAAUGGCAAGAGCUGAACAUUUGGAACCAAACUCCUGCUAAUGGACAGAACAUCGAGCAAAAAUAUCUGAACACGCAUCCGAUUUCUGGUUUCACAUAGUCUGCUAAUCGUUGAUCGGCUCUGGACAUCUCCAAUACAGCAAGUCCGAGGAUGGAGGUGAAAAGAGAGGCUUCAGAUUUUAGCUGCUCUUAAGAAACUUGCGUUGGCCAACAUGGCUGCCACAUCCAGCUAAAUGUCUUUCUUUUAGCAUUGCGAGAAUUCAGAAAGUUAUUUCAAAAAUGUGUCCGUUUCAACGUCAUGUCUCUGGUUAAACGUGUAAGGCAAAGUCUGGCCAUCUGAAAAGGACAUGAAAAGAUGGGAGAAAGAAAUGCUUUCGAUGUGGCGAAGGAACAGUUUGGUGGAAAAUCCAAGAAAAUCUCCACGUUUUUCCACUUGCUGUGGAUGGACUCCAUGAACCAAGCGUCUGAAAUUUGCUUCUUUAGUUUUUGACCGAAGCGUCGACUAACAGCGACGAUACUAAAAAUAAGACUUUAAAUUAAAUUCCGUCUCAUCCGAAAUCUUCAUAUACUGUAUUUGCUUCAGAAAACACAGUUAAAGGUUCUGACUGCGAAGUUGAAUUCUGGGUAAAAUGUUUUGUCUAUAUAGCUGUUGGAGUUUCGAGAUGUUUUGCUGCUUCGCACACGCGCUGUAUUGUGUGUGUAAAUGUUUUGCCGAGAUAAAAAGCGUCCCGCGUUUUACGUUUCUGGAGAUCAGCGAAGCAAGCAAGCAACAAGAUCACGUGACCACCGUGGGGCGUGUCUGUCUGACCUACUUUUAACCAAAACAAGUCAGCGUGAGCAAACAUGGCGGGCUCUGCGCGGAAAAGAAAAGACAAGGAAAGCCUGCCUAGUGAGUGCAAACUGCAAGACAGAGCAAGGUUAGAGAGAUGACGACAUUUUUCUGGACAGAUAACUAAAUCAUUCUAGCUAACGCUUAGCUACCUUAAUCUAAGAAUGCUUGGGCUCGACUCCACGGUAGCCAGUAUGGAGUUGUCCACCUAAUGUUUUGAUUUUACAGAGAAAAGGAUAUAAAAAUAUUUGUCUUUUUGUUUCAUGGAUCUGUUUCCGAACGUCAACCGCAAAUUACACAAAUCCCUGCAACUCAGAGGUCGAUGCAGAGUUACGAUGUUUUCUUGGUGGCGUCGCCAUCUUGGUGUGACGCAGUUCCAUAGUUAUGCUAAUUAGUUAAAGCUCCUCCCUCGCGUUCGGCUGUUUCCGUAGGGCCGUACUGUUUACCUCAAGAGGGUCCCAAAACGGAGACCCUCAGGACAUCAAAACAUACGAUCGCAUCUCGUUCUUGCAGGACAGAGAAAAACGCCAUGCACGAUUUAAAAAAAAAAAAAAAGGUAAAAAUUUCAGAAGACUUUGCAGUCAGCAGCUUUAAACUCCUCCUUUCUUUGUUGUAAAUUAUUAAUAAUCGAGUGGAAUGUAGUUCACUAAUUAAAACUGCUUCUAAAUUUUUUUUUUUUUAAAUAAAUAAAGGCUAGUAAAUGCAUUAAAGAAGCAAUUUGAAAAAAUGAUCAUGAUUGGCGCGGGUUCUCAACGCCACCGCAAACAUUUCAUUAAUCAAAGCUUGAUAUUUCUGUGUAUAAAUUACAUACUGUAUUACUCACCCAUCGUCGCUUUAUAACUGAAAUUACAUGAAAGUGGUGUCAUUAUAUUUCCAUACAAUUCCACCUUCAGACGUUUGUUGGACUCUAAUGGUGUUUACGUGGUCAGCGUUACAGAAGCUCAGGCCAGGGUUUGAGCCUCGUACUCCCGAAAAAGAUUCGAGAUGGGAUGGAUGUUAGGUGAUGUGUUGGAUAAUUUUGCCUCACGAACAUGAGGCACCGAUAUUUGGGGUUCCAUUUUCUGUUCAAGUGUUCCUUCACUUCACAGGGUGGAGGUGUGCAAGAGCAAAAUAGUCUCACUUUUCAAUCAAUCAGGAACUUUCGUGAACUAACGAAUGAACACGCCUGGAAGGUUUAUGAAAGAAAACGUACGUAGGAAAGAGAACGAAUCGGAGAUGAUAACACGGAAGUCAAGAUGUGAUUCAUCACAAGAUUAGAGGACACAGAAAGCUGAAAAUGGUUUUCAAGAUGGCCGACGUACCAUAGGACUGAAUCCAGGAGACCAGACGUGAAAACUGGGAUGUUUUAUGAUGAAAAUUGCUGUUGUUCUUGUUGUUGUUUAACGGUCUACUACGCCCAUCGUCCAAAAUGGUUACUACACCCUCGUUACAAUUCCAGUAAAAUUUCCUGUCACCUGACCCAACGCACUGAUUCAAGAAAGCAAAAAUUACAGUUGACAUUGUUUAUUAACGGAAACCAUAACGACUUUAUUCUGAUAGCUACCUAAUUAGGAAUCUGGCUAGUUAUCUUAAACAGUCAGAGGUUCUUUCCUGCCAAUGAAACAAAGUCGGUGGGACAGGAAACAGGAAGUAGUGCCAGGUUUAUUAAAAAAAAAAAAAGCGUAUUUGAUGCGUAUCGUAUAUACAAGUCACAUGAAAUCAGUUUUUUGUUUCUGUAGUGUAUUGAAUAUAGACAUUUUACUUUUUUUCCACGUUUUCUUCAAAAACCUGCAUUAAAUUUUUGGGUUUUUAGGAUUUUGAAAAAAAAAAACCCUACAAAUUUGAUGUAAAUUAGGUCAACACUGAAGAGUCCAGAAUUCCCAGGGAAAAUAGGUGAACAAUUUAAAAAAGAAAAAAAAAUUAAGUUUUAUGUCCUCAUAGUUGAAAUUGUGAGUUUUCUCAACACUUACACUUGAGGUCCAGUGUAGCUAUUUCAGAAACGUUCCAGUGACUUAGCGAUGCUAAUGUGUGGCGCUAUCGUCAGGGUAAUCGUUAGGAAUUUCUGUUUCAGUACAACUUUAGUAUCAACUUUUCCCCAGGAAUCCUGAGAUUUUAAUUUGUGAAUUAAUUCAGGAUUCUGACUAUUAUUUGUUUUAAAUCUCAAAAAACCCAUGUCCUGUAAUUUAUGAAGUGGAUGUUAAGGGCAAAUUUUACAACGAGCGAAUUCAGAACAAAGAAAGUCAUUCACGAAAAUGUAUUUUUAUUAAAAACACAACGGGGGGGACUCAACGGUGUUUAAUGUGAUGUGUAUAUAAUUCUAAUAAAUAUAAUAUUGUUUCCAGUAAUUUUAAUAAUAUUAGAAAUCAUGACAAAGAGGAGGAGAUUGAUGGUAAUAUAUGUGAAUAAUUUUUUUUCUUCUCUUCAAGAAAAAAACUUGCAGGUUUAAAUGUGCAAACGCCAAAAAUGAACAAACUGAACUAGAAAAGUUAAAAAAAAGCUGGAUUGUAAUGAUUGUGUGCGCGCGCACGUGUUACCGUUUACUCUACUUUACUCAUUAUCGUCAGACGAACAGAUUUCCCCUGUUAUUUAUUUAUUCGGUACCUUAACAUCUAAACAAUUUAAAGAAUUCUCCCUACAUUUUAUUUUAAAUUUCAUGUCAAGGUCUCUCUUUUUUUUUAAUUAUUAUUUUUUAAUCAACUAUUACAUCUAAUAUAUAAAGACUUUAUCAGGAUCUUAAUUUGCUUCCUUAAUGCUGCUUUCAAUAAUUAUGACUAGUGAUUUAUAUAAAUUAAUAAAAGAGGAAAAAAAGCUAUUUAUUGAACAUUAACAUUAGCGUGUUUUCACCUGUUACUGUAGCAAUAACGUGAGACGCCGUCACAGAUUCUAACAGAAACGUAUUCAGUGUUGAUUUUUUUUUUUUACUGUAGUUUUAUCUUCAUUUGAUCAGCCGAAAGCAUGUGGAAUAAAUCCGUUUUUGUCUGCUGAUGGAAA